AGGGUAUUGCGAGUUUUAGGGAACCUCGGGCACUACUAGUUCUCAACGGUUGCACUGUAUUCCUCUAAAUGGGGCUGCCACUGUGUUAAGAAUAUACGUUGUGUGCCAGUGUCGCCUGCCUUUGAGAGUCUGCCACUCAAGGGAAUCCUCCUUCGGCUCUACCGAGGAGACACAUUUUGCUACAUUUUGCUCAGGAAUCGCCUGCACACCAGAACACGUUAUUAUGACUCUGUGAGAGCAAAUUGUACUCGACGAAUAGCAGUGACGAAAAGAUGACGCCGUCCUUCCGCGUGGGGCCAUGAGACAAUGGAAGACGUGCUUCGAGUUUCGUGCCGCGGUUGUUUGAGCUGCGUGAGCCACACUCGCCUUGGAGGAGGAUCCCGUCGUCAUGGAAACGUGCGUGCUCAUACCACCGGAGUUCAGCCUGGUGCUGAGCACUACGGAGGACUCUUCGAAGCUGGACAGCGACGAGGACGAGGCCACGUCCAAGACUCACCCGUACGACAUGAAAGUGCGACUGUGGGCCAACCAGGCCAUUCCCGUCGGCAAGAUAUUCUCUCCCGCCGAAGGUUCGGUGCGCCUCGAUCGACUGGAAGUGUACAGCCUUUUGGAUGACAAUGACGUUCGCCACUCGCUGGGCUGCUACGACGAGAUCCGCGAGGUGGAGGAACGCCAGGUGCGCCACUGCAACUGGGUGCGCUUCGUGCGGAUCGCCAAGCGGUUUCGUCCUCGCGUCAACCUGGUGGCCAGUCGCACUUCGCCGCAGCAGAGGCAGGCGCCCGUGCUGUACCGCGUGCUGAGGCCCGUGCAGCCGAACACCGAACUGGUGGCCUUCUUCAACGACUCUGCCGAAGAGGUGCACCACAUCAUCACCACCUCGACGCCCAAGGCGGCCGUAGGACUGGAGCGCCGCCUGUUCCAGAGGACUCUGCAAGACUUCCCGCUGGACCUGUCUCAGAACCUGCUGUCGCCGUCAACGUCGACUUCGGCGUCAUCAGCGUCUUCGAGCUCGUGUCGCGCGUCGUCGUCGACGUCGUCGUCGUCUUCAGGCAUUCUCCGGACGCCGGCCUCCAUAUCGUGCACGUCCACCUGUUCCUCUUCGUCACCGUCCACGUCGGAGGCCAACAACGAGAACAUUCAGCCCAACCAGGCGAGGAAAAGCAAGGAGAAGAAAAGGCGGCAGAAGUGCAUGCUCAGCUGCGAGUUCUGCACGAAGACCUUCGACCGGCCGUCCCUGCUGAGGCGACACAUGCGGACGCACACGGGCGAGAAGCCUCACGCGUGCGACGUGUGCGGCAAGGCGUUCAGCACCUCCAGCUCCCUGAACACGCACCGUCGCAUCCACUCGGGGGAGAAGCCGCACCAGUGUCCUGUGUGCGGAAAGCGGUUCACGGCAUCCUCCAACCUCUACUACCACCGCAUGACGCACUCUAAGGCGAGCCCUCCUUACAUUACGUCACAGUUUCUUUGUGAGAAGCCUCACAAGUGUCCCGUGUGUGCCAAGUCGUUCCCGACGCCAGGUGACCUGAAGACGCAUGCGUACGUGCACAGCGGGUCGUGGCCCUUCCGCUGCCACCUCUGUGACCGCGGGUUCAGCAAGCACACAAACCUCAGGAAUCACCUGUUCCUGCACACCGGAGAUCGGCCGCACACCUGCGACGUCUGCCACAAGACAUUUGCCCUGGCCUGCAACCUGCGUGCGCACAUGAAGACGCAUCAAGAAGGUUGUCCCCACGUGCAGUGUCAGCGGUGCCGGGCCGAGUUCCCGGUAUCCAGCCGCCUGGUGGUCAACGGUCUGUGCCAGCAGUGCACGCACCAGCCGACGCUGCUGCCGCCGCCGCUGACCGUGGCACAUCAGCAGGACUUCUCCAUCCGAAGGCUCGUCAGCCCCUAG